AUGUCAUGGCAGCAGGCGUUGGAUGAGCGGGAUGAAUUUGGCGCGAGUGAAGAAGAUAGGAUGCGGACGAUCUGUUACUUGACGAUGAUGACCGAGAUGACGAGGAAAGCGAGGAACGAACGCAAUGCGGCGGCCUUAGUGGCCGAUGAAGGGCGGGCGGGUCUUAUCGUCAAGGGCGAGGGCGUUGUGUUAUCAGAGUUGCCUGUGCAACCAGGUGCACGACCCCACCUUUUGCUCAACUCUGCGGAUGAAGAGUGCUGGCGAACUGAGGCAGGGCCUGGGAUUGAGUCAUCUCGAAGCGCCUACGGCCAGCACGUCUCGCUCCAGCACCAAUCUUCUGCAAGACAUACACCCGCGCAGAAGCGAUUUGCGAAUGGACGACCUCCUUUGACCAACUCGAUGUGGAAUGCUCCCAAUCGUGUUUCCCAGACCGAACAUCCGUCUCCCAGCCGCAACGAAUCUUCCACGACGAUCCGAGUUGGCAAAGACGGCAAGGAAAAAAGUCGCUGGGGCUUCCUGAAGAAGAUGUCAAUGGGGAAGAUGAAGCCAGAUCCAGCGUCGCCGCGGCCUUCUCCGCCUCGCCCUGGGAUGAUUAGGGCGCCAGGCACUGCGCCCCUACUUUCGGGGCCGUCGAAUGGCAUACCGCAAAUCAACAUGAGGAUAUCCACGACCGGAGCGCUGGAUUCUUUCCACAGCAGCGCACCGCCCACAGUCUCUGUCGAGUCGGAAUCGAGGUUGGAUAGCAUGUUCACGGCACCGGCUUCUGUGCCUCAUGGGGGCCUCAACAUUCCCAUCCCCGAUGCCUCGGCAUUCAUGCCCAACGUCACUGUGACCGGUGACAUCGAAGCUGAUGGGACCCCGCUGCCCAGUCCGGUCGGGGUCGCUGGCGAGAACUGGAUGCGCCGGGAGGAGGACCGGGCAAGAGAUGCAUACCAGCGGGCUUUGCGAAGUGUGAUGGCCUACCUCAAGGACAUGAACGACUUGGGGGUCUCGCAGCAGGCUGCCGCAUUGGGAACGUACGGCCAGGGCGGAGAGGAGCUUGUCGUGGGAAUGCGCCAGAGAAGACCAACAGGACUCGAGCGAGAGGCUUCCAUGGCUUCUACGGGCAGCUCUACCGAAUCCGGGCAGUUGCGGUCGCUCGAUUCUAUGACUAGCAUGCGAGGAUCGACGCAAACGAAUAGCGUAGCCACCACGGACAGCAGUGGAUCGGGUAGCGACGAGCGCAAGUACAAGGAUGACAAGGGCAAACGCGCUAUGGUGGUUCGGGAAAUCGUCGUAACGGAGCGGACCUAUGUCAAGGGACUGCAUGAGCUGGUGGAUAUCUACAUCAAACCAGGCUCUGCCCCCGUCAACGUGCUCGGCAGCUCAAGCAAAGAAACGGUUGUCCCUGCCUCCGAGCGGAAAGUCGCGUUUGCGGGCAUCGAGGCACUCUUUUCUUUCCACAAAGACAGCUUCCUGCCCGCACUGGAGAUCGCCGCUGCACCCAUCAUGAAAUCGAGUGCGGAUCUUGCCGAAGCCGAUGCAGACGGUCAGUUGUCGCUGACCGUUGCCAAAGCUAUCGGCAGCAUGUUCCUCAAACACGCUGCGUUCAUGCGCAUGUAUUCUACUUACAUCAACAACUUUGACAGUGCUGUCCAGCGAGUCCAGAGUUGGACGAGAGCAGCGGCACCUGUCAGUUCGACCCCUGCAAUAACCCCCUCUACUUCUCAAUUGGCCGGUCUCGGUCUUGCUCUGUCUGCCGUCUCGAAUCCCGUUUCCCCAGAAAGCAGUGUCGCACCUGGGCUGCCUGCUCUGUCCACAAGCCAACGCAAACGGCUGCGAACUUUCAUGAAACGGUGUCAGAUCAACCCUCGACAUUCUCAGCUGAAUCUGGAGGGUUAUCUACUGCUUCCUGUACAGCGCAUUCCGCGGUAUCGAUUGCUGCUUGAGGAACUGCUGCGAGCGACACCGCCCACUUUCGAGUACAUGGACGAUCCGUUAGACCGCUCGUUGGCUGAGAUCUCUCUUUGGCCAACAACAUGAACGAAGGCAAACGUGAAUCUGAAUCGCGUCAGAAACUGGUGCAGUGGCAGGCACGAAUCCGAGGACGAUUCCCGAGUCCCUUGGUGCAGCCCCACCGGCGGCUCAUCAUGGAUGGGCAUCUGCUGUUGACACGUGUUGUGCGCAAGGCGAUGGUCUCCUUCGAGGCUCUCAACGCGCAAGGAGAUCCGUGCACGGUCCAAGUUGACUGUCUAGCACCAGAACUGACGCCGCGGCCCUGGUCGGCAUUUUGUGUAACGAUCUGCUUGUUCUCUGUCGGGAUCCGUCGGAAGGACAGGAUCCCCAGUGCGCCGUAGAUCUGUGGGCUGUGUUGCGCAUGCAGACGCUGCCGCAGCCUGCGAGCAUUGUGCAUGGCAAUGCCCUGCGGUUGGUAGAUAACAAGGCGAUUCUGUACUUUGAUGCGCCGACACCUUCUGAUGCAUUAAAUUGGUUCAGAGCCAUCAAUCUGCACAUCCCCAAGACCUAGUGGCCAACCGACGCUCGCUGCAUUUGUCUGCUUUCGCAUUACUGGAGAAUCUAGUCUGACCACGCUCUUUCUAUCCACUUUGUCCAUUGUAUCAACUCAAGUCGUAUAUAUUCGAAGCCUUUCGUCGAGAUGCUUGCCUCUCUUGUAAAUGCUUUGCCUGAUGGAAUACAUCAGCCUGGCUCCGGUAGAGGAGCUGGUGAAUAUAUGAUACUGCUCUCUAA